GCUUAUGUUGGCUACAUUGUUGUACAUCACGACUCGUCGCUAUGUGCCUUCGUUUCUCCGUGACGAAAAUUUCUCGAGGCUUAACCAGUAUGUCGAAGCCAAUAGUAUUUGUAACGGGAAACGCCAAGAAGUUGGAAGAAUUUAUUGCUAUACUUGGCAAGGGAUUUCCUCGAGAAAUAACAAGUAAAAAAAUUGAUCUUCCCGAAUAUCAGGGCGAGAUCGACGAAAUCUGUAUUAAAAAGUGUGAGACAGCAGUCAAGAUUGUUCAGGGUCCAGUAAUAAUCGAGGACACGUGUCUGUGUUUCGAUGCUUUAAAGGGUUUGCCAGGACCUUACAUUAAAUGGUUUCUGGAUAAACUCGGACCCGAUGGCUUAUAUACAAUGUUGGCUGGAUUUGAAAAUAAAAAGGCUCAAGCUGUAUGCACAUUCGCCUAUUGUGAGGGCAAAGUGGAUGAUCCGGUUUUACUAUUUGAAGGACGAACAUAUGGUACUAUUGUUAAACCAAGAGGUACAAUAAAAUUUGGUUGGGAUCCCUGUUUCCAGCCUGAUGGCAAAGAUGUUACUUUUGCCGAAUUGUCAAAAGAGACAAAGAAUGAAAUUUCACAUAGGAGCAAAGCUUUAUCGAAGCUUAAAGAGUAUUUAUUGAAGGAUGAAAUGAAUCCUGCAUUAGAAAUAUAAGUUUUAGAAUAAUGUUUUUAUCUGACUAGAAAACAAUUUAUUUUUAACAGCUGGU